ACAGAAAGGCUGAUGAACUGCUCCUGCUUACUGCAGGCGGUUGAGAUCUUGAAGAACGCAUCGGAUGCACAUCGCUGUCUCCUGCGAGCCUUUGUGGCCCCUCUGGCCUGGGAGGCCCUGGUGAAUGGAUCUGGUUUUAAAGCUCAGGAACGGGACCUGCUUCUCUGGGCAUCCAAGGUUCUCCUCCAGGAGGUACCGCUACCCAGCUCAGCCUUGCCUGCAGAGCUGGAUCACCAGCAGCUAUCAGACAUGAUGGGUGUGUUCAAUGACAUGUUUGAGUCGAUAUCCAUGGAUCAAAAAGUCAAGAUCAUGAACUGGGCCAAACAGCAAAUCAGUCAGAACUGCAGGGUCCCACUGCCUUCUGGACCUAGACCAGCAGUCUCACCAGUAGCCGGCACCACAGACCUCUGUCUGCCUGGCACGUGGCUCUCAGCACAGGUCAUGCACAUCCUGCGUCGCUUCCUUACCCUGCUGCCACCCUCGGAGUUUAAAAGCGUCCCUAAAGAGCAGCUCUGCCCAUUUGUCCAGUCCGACCAGUUUCAAGUCUCUUUCCGCAAACUGGGUGACGAUGGUUCCACCCUUGGAAAGACUUUGCUCAGCAGAGUAAAGCAGGACUGUUUCUCUAAGCAGCAGGAGUUCCUCCAGAACCUUGAUAAACUGGGCCCCCUGACCUGUUUCUAUGGCGAUGCCACGCCUCUCAAUGUGUCCCUGACUGAGCUCCUGCUGCCCCAGCUUGCUGACUGCAGUAACUCCGACGCUGAUAAGCUACGGACAACGCUGGUGAAAAAGCUUGUUUCUGGGAAGGGGAACCUGAGCCCGGAGUCAGUGAUGUGGCUGGGUCCGGCAGUGUCAGCGCUGCCCGCUUCCUGGCUGGCCAACCUGUCCCUCUCCAUCAUCCAGAGCAACCUGGCUUCGCUGGGUAUGGCCAAGUGGGGGCCAGGCCAGGCCCGAGUGCUGGCCAACACCCUACUGCAGGGAGCCCAGUCAGUGUCCAAUAGCGACUUGCUGUCUCUGGGAUCGGUGGUGCGGGGGGUACGCAGCUCCCUGCUGUGCAAGGUGGAAGCCCAGGGACUGCUAGGGUCACAAGGCCUGGGCAGACUCAGCCAGGAGCUCUCCACCCUGCAGAAGGUGGCACUACUAGAUGGGCUUCACAGAAACAUAAGCAUGCCGGAAUUGGUGAGCGGACUCCCAGACGGGCUGCUGUCCCAUGUGUCCCUGGAGAUGCUGGCAAAGGCCAGGCUACAGUCUGCUGAGCAAGUGAGGGACCGAAGCUGGAGCCGUGCCCAGGCUGCCUUCAUCAUGAGCAAGAUUCUGAGUGGGAAGCUAGCUCUGAAGGAGCUGGGGAAGCUGGGUCCAGCAGUGCAGGGCGUGACCUGUGAGAUGAUCAAUAGAACUAAUCAGAGUGAUGUCAUGGAGAUGAUUCAGAUGCUGGCUCUGAACGCACAGUGGCUCUCCAGAACUCAGGCAUUGUGUGCCAAUGUGAAGCUCUUUUACAACAAGGAUGGUAACUUCAGCAACUUCAGCAGCAUCGAUGUGAACAGCAUUCCUGCGGUUAUGCUGCUUGAGCUUAACCCUAAAAUAAUAGCAAGUCUGCCAAAACAUCAGUGCUCACGUUUCCUGGAGAAGAUGGCCGUCGUCAACAUGUCUUCCCUGCCAAUCAAAUCCCCCUCAUGCCAGGCCCUCGCUGAUAAGGCUCUGACUUGCCUGGGAAGGAACCUGUCCACGCUCUCACCUGAAGACAUCAGUCACUUGGGAAAUCUAGUGUGUGCAUUAGAUGUAAGGCGUUUCUCUGGACUGAGCCCAGAGGCCAUUAACGCCAGUCUGCUGGCACUGGCCAAGUGUCCCACCCUCCGUCGUGAUAACACAGAGGCCAUAUUCACACUCCUGAAGACCACAUAUGGUGACCCCUCAGAAUGGACGGCCACCACAGUGAUGUCCCUGGGACCCCUUCUGCUGCUGAACGAGUCCAUCCUCACAUCCCUUCCUUCUGAGGCUUGGGUGAAGGAUGCCCUCAUGAACAUCAAGGACAGCCUGCCCCAAACUCUAUACUCUGGCUCUCCAGAGGUGUUUCCCACGUUGACAGACCUUAAUGGCUUGAACAGGAAGCUAUUUAUCCUCACUACAGGAUCUGUACCUGCCCGCACUAAACGAGACGUACCAGCAUUCUCCUCCAUAAGCAUCCCCACAGUGCUGGAGAUUGAGGACCUAGGAGAGAGAAAUGUGUACUGGAGUCCAGCUCAGCUUGCAGGCAUCUCCCCCCAAACUUUCAGGGAUAGGGUGUCUACCCUUGGGACGGUCCACAAUUACAGUGCCAUGCAGCUCCAGGCCCUGCGCAAUAAAACGAUGGAGGUCUGGGGUCAGCCAGGGGUGCUGUCCGAGGAGCAGGUGCAACAGCUGGGCUGUGUCACCCAGAGUUUCCUCCACACUGAGCUCCAGGAACUCAACAUCAGCUCCCUGGACACCCUGGAGAUGCUCUCCUCAUGUGUCUGGGAGCAGAGACAGAGGACAGCAGUGUGGCUUAGGUUUAUGAACCGCACUGGUUGCACACCAGCCAAGCUGGGAACCAUGGAGAUUGUGGGACUGGGCCAGUUUCUGUGUGGACUGAGUGCUAAAGAAAUCGGUCAGCUGAGACCAGAGACGUGCAGGGAGGCGCUGGGGGCACUGGGCAGGAUCCACUGCCCGCUUGAUGUGGCCAUGCAGCUGAAGGUGCAGGUGCUGGAAGCCAUCGGAGCACCAGCAAACUGGUCAGCAGCCCAAGUGAACAGUGCAGGGAACAUCCUGGCUGCCUUGAAUGCCUCAGAGCUGCAGAGCUUGAGCCCCUCUGUGCUGCCCUUCAUCCAGCCAUCCACCAUCCCGCUCAUCCUCCCGGCUCUUCUGGCCACACUCUCACCAAGUCAGCUAAAGGCACUGGGCCCUGAUAAUGCUGCAGUGGUGACUGAGGCCCAGAAGCAGCCAAUGACGAGCGAGCAGAGGGCUUCUCUGGGAGACACAGGAGCUGUGUCCUCCACGGGCCUCGUUGGAACACCUGCUGUUUCACUACCACAAAGGGGUGGAGCUCCUGGGCUGAAUUCAACUACAAGUGUCAUCGUCUUACAGUUAUUUUUGUUAUUUGUGCUAAAAUACAGCUCUGGAAACUAUUAAAAGACCACAGCAAAUUUUUCAGGCACUCAUUUCAUAAUUUAUGGGCAUACACCUGUGUAAAACAUUCAUUUUUUUUGCAAACUCCAGCCUGGCUCUUCCCUGUUUCUCUUUAAUGAAGGGCUCCUUCCUUGC